CAUUCGGCCUCUCAGCUCAUUCACGAAAACGUCAACACGACACAGCGGACAGGACUAACAUUUUUACCUACAAACUUCAUGUGAGAAAAUCCGCACCCAACACAACCACCACGAUGCCUUCUGCUACAAAAAUCAUCAAUUUUUCACCCGGACCAGCAAAACUCCCCGAAGAGGUUUUGGAACAUGCACAGAAGGAAAUGGUUAACUACAAGAACACCGGAAUCAGUGUCAUGGAACUCAGCCACAGAUCUUCUGACUUCUUAAAAAUCAUCGACCAGGCCGAGAAAGAUCUCCGAGAUCUGCUCCACAUCCCCGACAACUACAAAGUCCUGUUCCUGCAAGGUGGCGGCACUGGACAGUUCUCUGCGGUGCCACUGAACCUCAUCAAGAGAAAGGAGGGCGGGGCAGCGGACUACAUUGUCACCGGCAGCUGGUCAGCCAAAGCUGCGAAGGAGGCCGAGAAAUUUGGAAAGAUCCACCGAGUGUUGCCCAAAACCGACAAAUAUACAGUUAUCCCAGACCAGUCUCAGUGGAAGCUGAAUCCGGAUGCUUCCUUUGUGUACUACUGUGCCAACGAGACAAUACAUGGUGUUGAGUUCCAAUUCGUCCCAGAGACACACGGUGUCCCUCUCGUCUGUGAUAUGUCUUCAAAUAUUCUCUCAAGACAUGUUGAUGUUUCCAAGUUCGGUGCGAUAUUUGCCGGUGCCCAGAAAAACAUCGGCUGUGCUGGCGUUACCCUCGUCAUCAUCCGCGAAGACCUCAUCGGCCACGCCAUGCCCACCUGUCCCGUCAUCUUCGACUACAAGACACAAGUCGGCAACAACUCCCUCUACAACACUCCUCCCACGUACAGCAUCUACAUCAUGGGACUAGUCUUCCAGUGGAUCCGGAAACAAGGAGGCGUGGAGAAGAUGGAGGACAAUGCAGUUGCUAAGUCGACUGCAGUUUAUGAUCUCAUCGACCAAUCAAAUGGUUUCUUCAGCUGUCCCCUCGAUACGAAAUGUAGGAGUCGUAUGAAUGUUCCAAUCCGUAUUGGUUCAGCCGAGGGGGUGGAAAGCCUGGAGAAGAAGUUCAUUGAAGAAGCAACAGAAAAUGGUCUCGUCUCACUUAAAGGUCAUAGAUCUGUCGGGGGUCUGCGUGUCUCACUCUACAACGCUGUCAAGGUGGACGAGACGCUAGUCCUUGUUAAUUUCAUGAAGAAAUUCCAGCAAGAACAUCAGUUAUGAACAAGGAAAUCAUUAUGUCAGUACCAUGUCAGUAAAAGUAAUCUGUGUGUGUGUAUUUCGGAUCAGCCUGCAAACUCUAAAAAACACUCAAUACCAUGGGGAGGUGCAAUGAAGGGGAUGGUUUUAAACUCAGUUAAGAAUGCGGUACAAGACUGAUGAUAUAUAAAUGUACUCUCAAUUCCUGUGAUGAUAUUAAACACGGACAAAAUAGUUUUAAAGUCAUAAGAUCUGAAUUCUGAUGUUUUAGUUGUUCAAUAAUAUUUAUUGAACAUUAUAUGUUGUGAGGAUUGUCUCCCUUGUCAAGGGGGGGUAACUCUAAAAGUCCAAUGUUUGGCCUAGAGUAUUGUCUCCCUUGUAAUGGACAAGAAACAUUUCAAAGCAAAAAAUGUAAAUUUGUAAAACCGAAGAUGAAGACUUGUCUUUGCCUCUCAGGACAAUGAAGAGACAGUCAUACAUCACUUAUAAAUAUAUUUUUAUCACUGAAACAAGGAUACCAAAAGAACCAAUAUGCUUGUCCUGUCCUGUCCUGUCCUGUCCUGGAUCUGUAGAUAUUGUAUAUAUCACACACAGUAAGGGUGCUGUGUAUCGAGCUGUUGUAAAUAGUGACUGUUCUUUCAUUCUGUUGAAUUGAAAGGCGUUUUCAUUUAUUGAAGACACUGUAAAUAAAAUGUUAGAACUCAA